CCUUCCCUCCUGCCCCCCCAGGGACUGUAACCCUCCGGGUGCUCCUCACCGCCCUGUUCCCAGACGCCAGCUCUGCGCACAUACAGGUGAAGGCCCUGCUGGGCGACCUGGAGACCCACUCCGUGAACUGCAGAACCUGCGAGAUCCACUUCCUGCAGCCCUGGGCCCAGCAGGGCCUGACCCCGAAGCAGUGGCAGGACCUGGAGCUGGUGAUCCAUCGCUCUCUGUCCGACUUCAUCCGGACCGUGAACACAAUCGCCCAGCAGCAGCGAAAGGGCUACCCCUUUGUUACCCAGGGCUCCCUCGGCUGCGAGCUGCCCCCCAACGGCACCUCUAGGGGAUUCUAUGACGCCGCGGCGAAUGGCGAGGACGUCGUGAGCUUCGACGUGGACGUGGGCACCUGGGUCGCUCGGUCGGAGGAUAAGCUGGCGCUCAACGCCCGGGACCGUCUCAACUGGGAUAAGAGCGCGUCCACCAGGCUUCAGUUUUUUUUGAGAAUAACUUGCAUCUAUCUGCUCAAUACGUUUGUUCUGUACGGGAAAGAGUCUCUGGAGAGGCAAG